AUGCUCUCCAGGGAAUUUAUCCUGAGUCUACGCUCGGCUGCUGGUUCGGUGGACCCUUCGUGGGAUAUCCCUGUAGAACUACGGCGAGGUUCCUACACAAAUGUGGAUACAGUGCAAAAUUACAACGCCGGGCUGUUGACAAGGACCAAAAGGAAACGGGAAAAACCUAAACCUGAACUCACAUCAGACCUUAAAGUAGCUGCACUGACAGGAAACUCAGUGACUCUGUCCUGUACACUGAAGCUGCAGUCUGCUGGAUGGAAGUUUUACUGGAACAAAGACACACAGCGCCGUCAGACUGAGACUGCAACACACUCCUACACCAUCAGAUCAGUUACAGUCUCUGAUAGAGGUCAGUACUGGUGCAGAGCUGGAAAAGGAAACCCAGUCUACUACACAGACUACAGUGAUGCACUGUGGGUAAAUGUUAUUGAGAAUCCUAAACCUGUGGUGAUUAUAAAGCCUGAUACACAGGUGUUCAGAGGAGAGAGAGUGACUUUCAGGUGUGACAUACAGAGAGGAGGAGACACUGAGUGGACAUACAGCUGGAAUAAGAAUGAUCACACACUCUACCCAUACAGAACAACACAGGAGUUCAGCAUCAGCUCUGUUGAAAAUGAUCACGGUGGUAAAUACACCUGCAGAGGGAGGAGAAGUGACUCUCAGAUCUCAAAGACGAGUGAUCCUGUUCCACUCUCUGUAUCAGAAAAACCUAAACCUGAACUCACAUCAGACCUUAAAGGAGCUGCACUGACAGGAAACUCAGUGACUCUGUCCUGUACACUGAAGCUGCAGUCUGCUGGAUGGAAGUUUUACUGGAACAAAGACACACAGCGCCGUCAGACUGAGACUGCAACACACUCCUACACCAUCAGAUCAGUUACAGUCUCUGAUAGAGGUCAGUACUGGUGCAGAGCUGGAAAAGGAAACCCAGUCUACUACACAGACUACAGUGAUGCACUGUGGGUAAAUGUUAUUGAGAAUCCUAAACCUGUGGUGAUUAUAAAGCCUGAUACACAGGUGUUCAGAGGAGAGAGAGUGACUUUCAGGUGUGACAUACAGAGAGGAGGAGGCACUGAGUGGACAUACAGCUGGAAUAAGAAUGAUUACACACUCUACCCAUACAGAACAACACAGGAGUUCAGCAUCAGCUCAGUUACAGACUCUGACGGUGGUAAAUACACCUGCAGAGGGAGGAGAAGUGACUCUCAGAUCUCAGAGACGAGUGAUCCCAUUACACUCUCUGUAUCAGAAAAACCUAAACCUGAACUCACAUCAGACCUUAAAGGAGCUGCACUGACAGGAAACUCAGUGACUCUGUCCUGUACACUGAAGCUGCAGUCUGCUGGAUGGAAGUUUUACUGGAUCAAAGACACACAGAGCACUGAGACUGAGACUGAAACACACUCCUACUUCAUCAGCUCAGUUAGAGUCUCUGACGGAGGUCAGUACAAGUGCAGAGCUGGAAGAGGAAACCCAGUCUACUACACACACUACAGUGAUGCACUCUGGGUAAACGUUACUGGUGGAUCUCCUCCAGUGUCUCUGAUCAUCAGUCCCAGCAGAACUCAACACUUUACUGCUGACUCUCUCUCACUGAGCUGUGAGGACCAGAGUGACUCUACUGGAUGGACAGUGAGAGGAUACACACACAGUGAGACACUGUUCGAUUGUUCAUCAGUUUCAGGAUCUACAUGUAACAUCAGCUCCCUCUCUACAUCACACACUGGAGUUUACUGGUGUCAGUCUGAAUCUGGAGGACGCAGUAAUUCUGUUAUCAUCACAGUGCACAAUGGUGAUUUGAUCCUGGAGAGUCCUGUCCAUCCUGUAACUGAGGGAAAUCCUCUGACUUUACGCUGUUUAAAUCGCUCAAAGAUUUUAGAUUCUGGUGCUGAUUUCUAUAAAAAUGAUUCCAUCCUCCAGUCCCAGACUAAAGGAGAGAUGACCAUCAGUAGUGUAUCAAAGUCAGAUGAAGGUUUCUACCACUGUAAACACCCAGAGAGAGGAGAGUCACCGAAAAGCUGGGUUUCAGUCAGAGUUUCAGCUUCUGGAUCCACUGGUGUAAUUAUAGGACUGAGUUCGGCCUUCGUGUUUGUCAUCUUAUUGAUCUUACUGAUCCUGCUGUUGCAGUACAAGAAGAAAAGAGGUGUAGAAUAUCAGACUCCUUCUGCUGUAAAUCAGGACACCAAUCAGCCUGCAGAUGGUGAUAACAUCUAUGAAAAUACUGAUAUCAGAACCACAGAUGAUUCUGCAGCUGAAGCCAGCAAUAUGCUCUACUCAGAGGCUGUCACUAGAAACAAGAAACAAAAGGAUGCUGCCACUGGACCGAGUGAUGUGACUUAUGCUGACAUUGAACUGAAAAACCAAAAGAAACCAAAGAGAAAACAAGGAAAGAGCAGUGAGGCAGCUGACACUGUCUACUCAGAUCUGAAGCAGAACACAGAUAAAGGUCCAUGAAGAAAGUCUAAAGUCUCCAAUCAAGAAUUGCUGAAACAGCCAAAGAACAUGGUAAAUAUAUAUUUUAGGGAGGACACUGUAGUUUCUGGAAAGCUUGUUUUUUGCUUAAUUCAAAUCUAAGCAUUGUACAAACUCCUGAUAGGGAUGUUAAAGGAACAGGAAGCUGAAUGCAUUUAAAAUUAUACCUUCUAUCUUUCACAAUGGGCUGGAAUUGGCUUUAUCCAGGUUAAAUUUAGUUGCCAGUUUUCAUUCACUGGAUCAGUAUAACUAAGCUGGCAGUGUUGAUUACUAAGUGUUCACUCGUAUAUUUUAAUACUGAUCUCAAUUACAAAAAAACAAGUAUAUUAUUGUUUCACAUUUAACAUUCCGCAUUUAAUUUGUUGUACAUUAUUUUGUUCAUGUAUUUUGUGUUGUACAUUAUUUUAUUCAUGUAUUUUGUGUUUAUUUACUCAUUUAUGCUAUUUACCUAUUAAUGGAUUGUAAAAGGGAAAAAAAAUCCAGCACUGGAUUUUAGAGUUUAGGAAUAAUCAGAUAUUUUGUCUUCACUGCUUUAAACAGUCAGUAAUGCUGUAUUGUUCUUGAGGGAGCAGCUCAUGGACCUUUGGCACACAGACUGAUAUUGUGUCUUUUUUUUUUUUUUAAUCUUUUAAAAUCUUUUCGAGUUUAGUGCCUAUAUAAUAUGUACAUUUCUAUUUUUUAUAAUUAUAUAUUUUUCAGUAUAUAAAUACAAGUAUCAGUAAAGUAAUAAAUUUCAUCAUUUUGAGUUAGAUAAUGUACUUUCUUUGGUUUUCCUCUGGUUUAUUGCCUUCCAUAUCCACCAGAAUGUUACAGGAGCAAAAGAAAUAUAAGGCUGUGUACAUGCUGUUUGAAGAGCUUUGAAUAAUAAUUAUCCUCAGCAAUAUCUUAUUAUGGUAUUUUUAUGCUUGAAUUUUGUACCUUUCAUUGUAUUGUUCCUUUCAUUAUAUUCUCAUGUAUUUUUAUAAGUAUUAUAUUCCAAAUUAUAUAAUUAAUUUAAGCAGUACAUAAAAAUGAAUUUAAAGUUUGUAUUUUUUUAAGCAUGAUGCCUGAA